UACUGAAAAGAAGGGAGGGGAAAUUGAAUAACCAACAGUCCACUCCUUUCCCUAUCCCCCACCCCCUCACCGCCACGACCACCAAAGGGGAAAAAACGCACCCUGAAUAUAAUAACUGCUGAUGCUGGGAUAUUAUUCGCGUGGAGCUGCUGAGGCAGAGAGAGAUCUUGGCAUCUGGGCUCCUUUGUGGGAGCGCUGGUUGUGCAUGUAAGGGAAAUGGUGCAAUAUGAGAGCCAUUGACAACUGUUAGGCAGACUGCGUGUCUUUCCCCUUCUCUAUAGUGCUCCAGACUUUGUUUUUUUGAGGGACUUAUUUAUUUUGCGAUGUCAGGGUGUAUGCAUGUGUGUAUGUGUGCGUGUUGAGGGCAGAAGGUAUUACUUUGGUUUCCCCUCCCUCCCCCAGCCUUUGUACCUGCAUUUUCCUUGCAUAUGGGAAGCACGUUUCAGAGGCUGUUUGGUUGCCAGAUGAAGUAAAGCACUGUUGAAAAAUCAGAUUGGGAGGCGACUGACCGAUUUACAUCCGGGAAGCAAAACAGGGCGAGGAUGUCAGCGGUAUGAAGCCGGGGGUUUUCUCCCUAAGGCUCUGGGUGCCUCUGGGCAGAGCAUUCUGUCCAUGGUGCUGAAGCAGCUUCUUAGUUCUUUGCAGCCUUUCUCGGGUUGGACUCCAGCCCCAGUCAGAGCCGAUCUCUCCUCGUUCUCCGGCUGCUACGGAGUUUCAUCUAAUCCAGGGAAAGGAAUCGUCCAAUUAGGUUGCCUGGUUGACAGCGCCGACAACAAAACGAGUCGCCUGAAUGGAAAGGCAAGAGAAAGAAAGCAGAGGAGCUACGGAACAAAGGUUGUCAGGGACUGAAAACCUACAUGAAGUCUGCUUCUGAGCAAAACCUAUAGGAGGGAAGGUGAAAUCCCUUUCUUGCUGAAGGAGAAAGAUUUUUUUUUUUUCAGUCCAAGACUGAAGCGAGAAAUCUAUUCCUGCGCUGCAUUGCCCGACCACAAGCACUGAUUGCAAAAAGGAAAGGCUAUCCACUUAAAGGGGAAAACAGUUCAGAGCCGGCUUGCAAACCUAGGACAAUUGGUCCGUUGGAAUCGGGAGAUUUCUAGGUGCUGACCAGUGAUGCUACAGUUUAACUGAUUAUUGUAAAGUGGCCCAGUUUAACAAUCCCUUUCCCCAUCUAUUUAAAUCACCACACUUACAGAGGUGGAUCGAUAGCAUUGGUACACUGCACAAAGAAAGUCAAGGAACUCCAGUUUAAUCUCGAAAGAACUUUUAUUAUUUUCCUUCUGGGAAGAAAAGGAGAAACGGAAGAAGGUCGACUCUGCGCAAAGGUGGUCUUGAGCUGAGCAACCCCGCUGUUUUAAGUGGGGAAUCCUUUUCUGAGAGACGUGGAGGGCUCUUCUGACACCUUUGGUGGCUUUAGGCUACAGGAGAUGUCAAUCAACCCACUAGAUUUUGGUGGGGUUAGAACUUUUUAGAUCCUCCCAGAAGCCUUGGUGCUUUGAAUGUUGCUUCAAAUCGUGGACUUCUAGGUGGGGAGACUCGGUUGAGCAGGGCACUCAGCUGCAAUCUCUCAGGCUCAGCUGGCUGCUUUGUUUAGGGGCUGAAGAACUAGGUUGUUGUGAAACAUGCCCAUGGUGUUGUUGUGAAGCUGAGGUAUGGCUGCUGGAAGGUUACUGCUCUACACUGGCCUCUCCUUAGCUCUCUGUGCCCUCGGCAUGCUGGCCGUGGCGAUCUGCUCAGACCACUGGUACGAGACAGACGCCAGGAAGCAUCGGGACAGGUGCAAAGCCUUUACUACCCGUCGGGUCGAUCCCGGCUUCAUUUACAAUAACAACAAUAACUUGCCGCUCAGGGCCAGUAGGUCUAGAUUGGACCGCUGGGAAGGGAAACUCCUCCGGGCCAGGAACCGGAGGCAGCUGUUUGCCUUGAGCGCUAUGGACGAGUGCAACCGUCAGUACAACUCUACCAACAUGGGGCUCUGGAGGAAAUGCCACAGGCAGGGAUUUGACCAAGACCUGGAUGACCUCAUUCAAAAAGGAGAAAUUGAACGAUGCAUCUAUAUCAAGUACCAUUAUUCCUCAGCAACCAUCCCCAGGAACCUCACCUACAACAUCACCAAGACCAUUCGCCAGGAUGAAUGGCAUGCCCUGCAUCUACGCAGAAUGACGGCUGGCUUCAUGGGCAUGGCAGUGGCAAUCAUCCUCUUUGGCUGGAUCAUCGGGGUACUGGGCUGCUGCUGGGACCGAGGCCUUAUGCAGUAUGUGGCAGGGCUUCUCUUCCUCAUGGGAGGAACCUUCUGCAUCAUUUCACUGUGCACCUGUGUGGCCGGGAUCAACUUCGAGCUAUCACGCUACCCACGCUACCUGUACGGACUACCUGAUGACAUUAGCCAUGGCUAUGGAUGGUCCAUGUUCUGUGCGUGGGGGGGCCUGGGACUCACGCUUAUCUCGGGCUUCUUCUGCACCUUGGCCCCUUCUGUCCAACCUGUCCCCAGGACCAACUGCCCCAAAACCAGACCCGAAAACGGGACAGUGUGCUAAAAAAAAACAACAACCCCCAUAUAUAUAUAUAAAUAUAUAUAUAUAUAUAUAAUAUACAUAUAUAAAACAGAAACUAAAGCAGAAUGGUGCCAGUGCCAGGAGAGCAUUGAGUUGGCUCAGGCACCCAUACCUUCACAGAACUUUGUGUUGCUUCAUCCUUUCUCGCUAAGAUGGGGAAAACUCUGUUGUCAUAUGGCUCUUCCAUCAAUUCUUAACUUAUGGCUUCAUAAUUUUUUGAAGGUUGAGUGAAGAUGCUCACUUGCAGUUGAGUCAUGAUUGCUGCUCCUAAUGAGGCUGGGCUGGUGAGCUGGGAAGGGACAGUGGCAAAUGUUGGAAGCAGCACAGGAAGUAGGGAAUCCAUGCCAUCAACUGGACCACCAAAAAGAACUCACCACCCACCAAUAGUAAUGCAAAGAAACAAAACCCUUAGUUCACCUGUAGAAUGUAACCAACUCUUGGAGGCCAUUCUCAAAACCAUCUCUUCUCCCAACGCUCCUGAUCUUAUUCCCCACCCGCCCCCACCAGCUGCACACAAGAAUUGGAAGAGAAAACAAACUGAGAUGGAAGUUUUCUCUUUGUUUGCCAAACUUUUGGAUGAACAAAAGAGGGGAGGGGAAGGGGGAAGAGACCAAGAACCCUGAGAGAUGAUACUUGCAUCAAUACCAGGACACUUCUGUGGAUGCUCGGACAACCCAGUCUUAUCUUCCAGCUGCCUUACAUCCAGGUUAAACAGAGGCUGCCCUGCUCCCACCCCCAUCUUCUGGGCAGACAGGGGCCUUUGAGAAAUGCUGUGAUACAUGUGUGUGUAUAACUUUUCCGAUGGUUUUUUUUUCUUUUCAAACUGAAAUAUUGCAGUAUGACUGUUGUCUAUAAAUUGUGCUGAUAUCUUGGCCCAGGCACAAAGGCCUAGAGAGAGAUGAGUUUGUAUGGGUGCCAAUUCUGCAACUGUGGAUUAUUGCAGUGUGUCUGAGUGUAUGUGUAUGUGUGUGUGUGUGUGUGUGUGAGAGAGAGAGAGAGAGAGCAUGAGAGAGCAUGUGUGUAUUACUAAGGUGUUAUCAAUUGAUUUCAGUUUAUUAUUUUUAAAACAGCUCAAAAUUCUAGAUGGCAGAAUUAAGAGAACCAUUAGAUAUGGUUUUGCAUAUUAAUCUAAAGACUAUGUGGGAGUAGUCCUCUUAAUUGUGGAAGUUCAAGACACAGCUGGGCAAAAAGCCAUUACAGAAGGAGAAAAGGGAACAAAAUUUGGGAGGGAGAAAGAAUGGUGCUUUUGGUUGAUAUAUAUGCUAAACAAGACCUUUCUACUCCCCAUCAGUGGUACCUCCUGGUUCAUUGGGUAUCUCCUCCUAUAUCAGUUCACUCUCUGAAAAGAUGCAGAGAAAGAAAAUCUGCUUUCCAUGGGCUUAAUUUUGUAUGAUAUUGCUGUAAAUCAAACUGAAACUUGUUGCUCUUUCCAUCCUUUCCUCUCCUUCCUUUUCUUUCCAAUCUUCAAGGUUGUGAGUCCCAGAGUAGUUGUCUUGGCUGCUGACCCCCAAGUGGAAGAAGGAUAAAUCCAGCACAGUAUCUUGGAAUUGAUUUGAACAAAUUGACACUGAGAUAGCUGGAGGAGCCAGGAAGUGAAUCAGGCAGGCACGAAGCUAUAAAAUUAGCAGUCUGCCAAAGAGAGUAAGAAAGGAGCACAAACCAGAGCCUGCCACGUGUAGUAGAGUACUACGCUGUGCUGUGCUUUUGGACAAGAGGAUGACCCCUGAGAUGGGGUUGCUACAUAGCAAGGAUGAGGUAAAUAGCAAAUCUAUGUAAAUGUAAUGUUUUGCUAAAUCCUGUGGAUCACUUGCCAGCCACUAAGUCUCUCCUCUAUCCAUUUAUCAUCCCUUAUUCACCUACCUACUCUGCUGUGGGCUUUCUGACCCAAUCCACCCUCACCCUCUCCCCUAGUCAUAUAUACUCACUCCUCUCUCAAAACAUGCUAAUUUUUUUGGGAGCUUUUGUGUGUAUGAGGUUAACUGCGUGGUAUCCUGGAGUGCAAUGUUCUGUGGGAGUGUAUACCUGAAUGUGUGCAUCUAUGUAUAUGGAGUGUGUAUGUAUGUAUCCAGGUGCAGGUGUGAGUGUUUCUAUGUCAGGGCUUCUCAAAAUUAUGAUCAGAGGUACAGCUGGAAGAGACCCCAGAAAUCAUCUACUCCAACCUCUUCAUUUUACAGAUGGGGAAACUGAGGCCCUGAGAGGUUAAGUGACUGGGGAUAGAUGUCAGCAUGUAUAAAGGGGGUUUUUGUAGUUAUAUGAAUAUGGGGGGGGGAUGGGGAGAGGUGUCUGUGUAUAACCAUGACUGUUAUUAGCCUAUAACCGGAAUAAGAAUUAUUUUUUAAAUGGUGGAUUUAUUCUACAGGAAAGAGAAACAACUAUCAGGAAAACCUGCAGUUUUUAGAACUCUAGGGAAAUGCUCUUAUCUUUUUUUUUUUUAAUUUUGAAAUGAUUUCCUCCUAAGGGGAAAGGCAUAAAUGCCUCUGUGGGCAUGAGGAGGAGUGAAGAGAAGUAUCUCAGAUUGAGAGCCAUUUUGCCUUCAUUCCCCUCUUGGGGAAGAAAUGUUGGUCUGAGUAGGUGGGCAAAUGGCCAUAUCCACGAGUAUGCUUGGAAGCCUUCCUUUGGGGAAGGAGGUUUGCCUGUGCCUAAAGAAUUUCUGAAGCCAAACUCCAGCUACUUGAGUAAGUGGAAAUUUUACAGAUGGUGGCAGCUUGGCACAGGUAAUUCGUUGAGUUUUUUUAAGUUACCAAAUCUUUGGGUUCUGGCCUCUAGAAGCACCAUUGUUUUUUUUUUCUUCCUAUUUAUUCUAGGAAUUAUUAUUCCAUUAUUAACAGAUUUCCUACCUUAUUUAAAAAAGCUUUCUGGAGGCUGGUGAAAAACUGGAAUGAUUUUUUAAAAACUUUCCUUAGCCCUAAAUUUUAGACUUUUCAAGACUUGAAUGCUUCUCAAAUGUAUUAUGGGCUCCUGGGGAUCAGGGAACCAGACUCUUCUGGCUGAUUCUCUCCACCUGUGCUGUUGUAUUCUAGACAAGGCUACCUCUGACCUCCAGUCAGCAAGAUACAUGUGUUGGCUUGUUGUUUCAAAUAUGGGGAUGGAUUUGCCCUGAUUCAUCCCGUGUCUUUCUUACCUGAAUCUGCUCUUGUCAGUACGCCUUCAGCUGGCCAGGAUUAGAAGAGAAGUCUUUUGUCAUGGAACAGAGCAAAUGGAGAAUUAAACGACCAGGCUCCAACCAGCUCAACCAAACACUGCAGUUCUUCAUAGGGAAAUGUCCACAAUUAAGCUAGUCCCUCAUACUUCUGGGAUUUGUAGGGACAACCUCAAAACCAGUCAGAUUAGGGUAUAUUAUUUAGACAUCUUUCAGAUUCCCAAACUAAGACCUUGCCUUCCUAAAGAGAUUCAGGGUCAGUUCCUACCAAAGUCCUCCAACUAAAGUAAAACCUCCAUAUCUUUUGCAGUUGUGUGGCUUUGAGUGAAUGUGAAGUACAUCUGUGUUUGUAUACUAGGAGAUACUGGUGUAGAAGGGCCACUUUCACUCUGAUUUUUCUGACCACAUUCCCAUCUAAGGGGAUGAAAGCAGCUAUUUUGACUAUUUUGACCUCAUUUCUUCCUUACCUUUCCUCCUUUCUCAUUUUGGUAGGAAAAGUUUCUCUCCUCAGUUUGCUUCCCUCAAUCUAUCCCUAAUUCUAGCUUUGCAUGGUAUUUCCCAGUAGGAUCAGUCAUUAAUCACUUAUUGAUUCUUCCUUAGGAAGGCCAAAGAAGCCAGUUUAUCCCCUUAGAAACAAUGAGGCAAUUCCAUUUUUUGCCCUCGCCCAACACCAGUCUUUCUGACUUUUUGAAGAGAAAUGUUCCAGAAAUAAAAUCUGCCUCUCUCCUGGCCAACACUAUCAACUCCCCAAUUCACCUGACAAGUGUUACUAUUUUAGUUCAUUGAACAUCAACAUAGAAAGAUCCUAAGACAAGAUAAUUACCACAGGGGUCUUCAUGGGCAUUACCCCUGUUUGGGGUACCCAUCCCCAGAUGGAAACUCCAUAUGACUAACACCCCAGUUAAUCACAUUUUGUAUGUUCCCAAAACUAUUUGUGGGGUCCCCAUUAAUUACUGAAGUCCUACAGAUGGUCCUGAUGGGGGAUUAUUGAACAUUAAGACUAAUCUUUAUCAGGUCUUUUAUCUGCAAUGAAUUGCACUCUGUCAUUUGAGCAUACUCAUCCCUAGAUUGUAGGAGGAGAUGCUGUCCAAAAACUGACUUGACUUUGCAAGUCACCUAUUUGGGGAAGAGACUGUUCUCAUAUAUAAGCUAAUGCCCAUAUUUUAGGAAAGACAUAAAUUCUGGUACAGAGACCUGAAACUUAAAACCCAGUACAUAGCAGUCCUAAUAUGGUGUUUAAACUUUGGGUUCAUGUGAUACCCUUAAAUUGAAUUCUGAAUGAUAGAAUCAAAGGCUACUGUCAGGAAUAGUUAGAUUUACAUUUUCUUCUUACAAAUGAAUUGUCCAGUAAUUAGAUUUUCAGGUCUUUUCAGAGAAAAGAGGUCAUCUUAUUGUGCAAUUCUGAUAUACUUCUUGGUUUGUUUCGGAAAUUAGGAUAAAGUUAUAUUGCUGUAAAAAUGCCCAGUCGUUCAUGGGACAAGUAUUUCUAUGGUUCUAUAGAAGGUUUUCCCAUAAAAGGAUGGUAAUGAAACUGAGAAGAGAUUGUGGUACAGUAUGGAAUAAUUGAUCCAUACCUUCCAUGCUCUCCCCAAAUGGAAUGACUCUUUCUUAUCUAGCUAAUAUGGGAGAUGUGACUAUAAAACAUGACAAAUAAUUUUUUAAUUAAUUGGCCAGAAAUUUAAAAAUUUAAAUGAUUGCUAUCCUAUUCAAAAUGAUAACCCUAGAAGGCUAUGUGAACUAGCCUCAGUGAUAGUGCCAUUGUUUAUAGCAUUCUAGAAUGCCUUCUUUGGAAUGGUUUUUAGUAGUCUAUGACAUAUUCUUUUUUUUUUUUUUUUUUUUUUAUUUAUUUAAUAGCCUUUA